AAAAGCCUGCCAUACAUUAAUGGGCCACUUUCAUAAAUGUGGGAGUCUCGCACACGCAGGGUGGCUCAGCCUGUCUGUGCUGAUGCAGCUGUCAGCCUGUUUGUGUAGAAAAUGCUUUUCUGAAAGGUAUGAUUAUUCUAGACUGUUGAGCAGGUUCUUCUGUGUGAGUGCGUUUAAACAACGCUGGUGGUACGUGUGGAAGAACUCAAAACAAAGAGGGAGGGGUAUGACAUUUUCAAUAGCCCCGGGAGAGGAGGUCGUGCUGCAUGCGCAGCCAGGACACUGAUAGCGUUUUCCGAAACGCUCGUGUCUCUCAUCAGCCUGCAUGUGGGGGAAGCAGAGGUGUGCGACACGUCCUGUGCACGUGUGCUCUCUUUGGGGAGGCUGCUCUUGGGGCAGUGAAGAUGAGAGUAAUGUGAGCCACGGGGGUGACCGCAUCCCUGCCUGGGCACAGCCGUGCCUCGUGUUGGCCGUGCUCAGUUACCCCUGAGACAUCCUGGAAGGAUGCUUUUUGAAAGCCUGGCUUUGGCCUUGGGAAAGACAUCCUUCCCCACCUGCCUUGGGAAGUGGGGGGCGUGCAGAGCACCCCAGGGCAGUGCUGAGGUCUGGCUCUAUCCUUGCUGAGGUGGGGACCCCCCUCCUGCGAAUGGGGGUAGGAGGAAGCUGGCAGCAGGCUCUGGGGAAACUCUUUGUUUGCUCAUGUUAUUAGCAAGGAGAGAGGAAGUAAUGAUUUAUUGAUGCUUCUGUGAUUCUCCUACGCUGGGCUAUAAAGGAAGAAGUUCUUUUUCCUGGCUGAUAUUCGUGGCUCUAAUUGAGCUGUAACUUGUUCCUGCAGGGCAGCUCGCCUGCAAGGUGCCGACAGUGCCCCCGGUUCUCUGAUAGCGGCCCAUCAGCCAGUCUAGUCGGUGAUCGUCAGGGGUCACUGCUCUGCUCUUCCCCUGCCUCUCCCUGUAGCCAGCCUGGUUGUGACAGGCUGUUUAUAGAGCCCAGCGUUUCUCUGAUGCAGCGUUUUAUUUGAUCAAACCAGAAAUAUCUGAUAGAGAGGGUGGCGGCCACUCCUUUCUGGGGUGAGGGGCCAUGUGAAUGUGGAUCAAUACCACACUAAAAUAUCCCUCUGUUUUCACAGUACGUUGGGCAGAAUUGGUGUCCUUUUGAUGCCUCUGGGCCACAGCCUGGUAGCUUUGCCACCCCACGCCGACCGAGGAGACCCCUGCACUCACCCCGUAAGGGCGGGCACACACGGCCAGGACCUUCCAGCACCAUCAUUGCACUGUCCCUGCUGCCUUCCACGCCUUUUGGGAGACACUGGCAUGGCUGUGCCGCUGGUAACUGGUGAAGGAUAUAGUUAACAGCCAGCGUGCUGCAGCGGCUCUGCCAGCCCCCACCCAUGCGGUUACCAGCACGGCUCAGUAAAUCCAGCUGAAUUCCUGGGCUUUACUUGGCUGUAGAGCCAUGCGUUGCCAGGAUUGCCUGCAAACGUGUGAGAAAGUGGGGGCAUACGCUGCCUGGCCAUACUGCUCAGGAUCUCUGCCUGCCUGCGUCCCAGCCGUGAGCAUCCUCAGGAGCCGGUGCUGGAUGCUGGCAGGAAUCCCCUGUCAGUGCUGCAGAGUGACUGGUCUCCCUAAACUGCAUGGGGCGAAUGGCGAGGCGUGUGCGUUAUCCUGAAUUGCUGUGAGCAGGUGCUGGAACAAGAUGUGGUUCUCCAGUCUAUUGACCGCGCCAUUGAGGCUGUGCACAAUGCAGCCAUGAAGAAUGGGGGAAAGUACAACCUGGAGCAGAGAGAUGUCCUUCAAAAACUGAUCCAUCACCGGAAGGAGACAGUGUCCCGCAAAGGUCACUCUCCCACCCCGCAGGGAAUGGUUAUGACGCAGUCGUCCAGUGAUCACCAUCUGGAUGUGGCACGGCAGCCCAAUGGGGUGUGCCGGACGGGGUACGAGCGACAUCACAGUCUUCCAAACACUGAGUUUGAGGAGGAGGAUGAAGGUCUCUAUCAGAUCCCACCACAGCCCCGGCGUGCUGCUCCUAUCACCCCUCCACCUCCAGAGAAACGCAAGAACGCACAGAUCGCUGCUCCCGUUAAAAACACUAUUGAAAUUAUCCCUGGGUCAGCUUCUAGCGCCUCCUCUAUAAGCACGACAUCCCUGGAUACCUUGUACACGGCUUCUUCUGCGUCAGAGACCGCUCUCCCGACAGCCACCUCCAGUCCUGCCAACACCCCACCCCCUGUCCCAAGCCGGAGUGUCCACACCACCAUAACGCGUAAUUUGGAUGCCGGCUCUGUGGCCCACUCCCGCUACGGGACUUCCCCAAAGGAUGGGGCCAGCAAAUCUCCCCAGACCAAGAGGGCUGCCCCGGCACCACCAGCUGAAGGGGGGACCCAGAGGUCCCACACUGUGGAUGGGGAGAAGACUUCUCAGGUGAAGAAAGCUGCCCCGGCCCCCCCUGCCAGCCUGGAUGCCUUCAACUCCCUCUGCCUGGAGGAUAAGAAGGCGGCUGUGGUGGAGCCGGCACCAGCAGAACCCAGUGGUCUGGUGGCAUCCGUGCCCAAGACAAUAGGUGCCGAACUGAUCGAGCUGGUGCGCAGGAACACCCACCUCAGCUACGAGCUUUCCCGCGUGGCCAUCGGCGUGGUCAUCGGCCACAUCCAGACCUCUGUCCCAGCAACCAGCAGCAUCAUGGAGCAGAUUCUGAUCUCCGUGGUGGAGAGUAAGAAUCUGAGUGCAGGGCUGCCCUCGGGGCAGAUCUGCCAUGACGAGCAGCGGCUGGAGGUGAUCUUUGCAGAUUUGGCCAGGCACAAGGAUGAUGCUCAGCAGCGCAGCUGGGCGCUCUACGAGGAUGAGAAUGUCAUCUGCUGCUACCUGGAGGAGCUGCUUCGCAUCCUGACAGAUGCAGACCCAGAAGUUUGCAAGAAAAUGUGCAAGAAGAACGAGUUUGAAUCAGUCUUGUCCCUUGUGGCAUAUUAUCAGAUGGAACACAGGGUGCCGUUAAGGCUGCUGCUGUUGAAGUGCUUUGGAGCCAUGUGCAACUUGGAUGCUGCAGUCAUCUCAACGCUUGUAAACUCUGUGCUGCCGAUGGAGCUGGCCCGGGACAUGCAGACUCACACACAAGAUCAUCAAAAGAUGUGCUACUCUGCACUGGUGCUGGCAAUGAUGUUCUCCAUGGGGGAGCCCCUGCCAUAUCAUCACUACGAACAUCUCAACUCUCAGUUUGUGCAGUUCCUGCUAGAUGUGAUUGAGGACGGGCUGCCCUCAGACACCACUGACCAGCUGCCUGACUUAUUUGUCAAUGUCCUUCUGGCCUUCAAUCUCCACAUUCCAGUUCCAGAACACAGUGUGAUCAUGACUACAAUAAGCAAGCACUCGAAUGUCAAGACUUUCACAGAGAAGCUGCUGCUGCUGCUGAACAGGGGAGAUGAUCCAGUUUGUAUCUUCAAGCAUCAGCCUCAGCCACCGCACUCAGUGCUGAAGUUUCUGCAGGACAUCUUUGCCAGCAAGGAUACAGCCAGCAUCUUCUACCACACGGACAUGAUGGUCCUGAUAGACAUCCUGGUGCGGCAGAUUGCUGAUCUCUCCCCAGGAGACAAGCUGAGGAUGGAGUAUCUCUCUCUGAUGCACGCCAUCAUCCGCUCCACACCCUAUCUGCAGCACCAGCACCGCCUCUCCGACCUGCAGGGCAUCUUGCAGCGCAUCCUGGGGGAGGAGGAGGAGGGCCAGCAGUGCCAGAUGGACAAACUGAUCAUCCUGGAGAUUUAUAAGGAGUUCCCAGAAAUCUCUCCCGGUACCAGCUAACCGCCCCUCAGCUUGAACUGGAGUUCGAACCACUUGGAUCGACAAUGUCUCUUGUUGACACUUUCUCCCCAUUCCCUUCCAGUACAGCUCAUACCUUAUAUCCCUCCGUGCGAGGCCUAAGGUUGGGACAGCGUUCACCAGCCCUUUAGAAAUGCCAGCAGCAGAAAGGGCGUGGGGUACCCCUGGGGCCUGGUGCUCGGGGGAAGUCGGAGCGGGGUGGGCGCUGGCGCGUGGUUUUGCCUGCAAGACUCGGGCAGGAGGUUUUUAGGCAGCUGUUGUUAGCGGGAAGGGCAGAGAGCUUGUGAGGGACUUAGCAGCCGGGGUGGGGGGGGUGUUUAGCUGCGCUGGUGUCCCGAGGUCCUGAAGAGAAAGGCCUUUGCCUUAGAGUAUCACUUCUUUUCCAUGUGCGUCUCUCUCCCUGCAGUGACCAAGUGGAGUCUGCUGGUGCUUGGAAGAAGCUUUCGUAACAUCUGUUUUGUUUUCUGCUGCUAGUGCCAAUGUGCUGCAGCCCUGCCAAGGGGAGGUAGCUCGCUCGCUGUCUAACACCUCGUCUAGUGAGCCUUUCGCUCCCUCCUGGCCCUCAGCUUUGCCUCUGGGUAGCAGCCCACCUAGCGUCAUAGAGGUCUUACCCCAGCAGCUGCUUUUUUCAAUCUGCUUUCUAUAGUAACAUUUAAAUCUGAAUUUCUUGCACACUGGCAGCCUAGAAGUAACGACCAUGUGGGCGACGCUGCCCUUAGGAAGCCUUUGGCCCGGACACAGUGCAAAGAUAUGUCCUGCCAAGUGAAAGCUGCUGCUUGCCACCUCUCUCGCAGUGCUGCCCCGAGCCGAGGGGCUGCACGUGGGCAGGCGCGUUCUGUUCGUGAAGCGUGUGGAUUUCUUGCCUUGAGCUUCAUAGUAGCUCUGCCUCGCUGUCCUCCCUCUCCACAUGGCAGCGCUCAGAGGCAGUGUCAGCCUGCUGUCCAGUAGCUGUUUGUGACUACGCACGUGUGGGGAACCCUUAUUUAUGUUUCCUCUAGGUUUCUAGCAAACAGGAUUAACCUGUUUCCCUGUUACAGAUAGUCACACACACUAACGUGGGUCUCUUAGAUAUUUGUGUGCGCAGUCUAGUCACUCCCUGUCCCCAGCUCUUCCGUUGCAGUAUCCAGUGUAGGAGCUAUUGGAAAGUGGAACUGGAAAUACUGGGCACUGUAUUUAUUUUAUUUUACUUUUUUUUUUUUUUUUUGGCUUGAGGCAAUGACACGAGCUCUGCUCUGCAGGCCUAGGCUCUGGGCACUGGGGCAGUUGAUGCUUGGGAAUGGAGGGGGUUGGCCUGGUAGCCAAGGGGGGGGCGAGGACCUCCUGAAGUCAGCCUGGGAAUGCCCAAGCUUAAUAACCACCCUCGUAGAGAAACCUAUUUUUCCCCCUGUAAAAAUGUAUGAAUGUCAAAAGGGAUCCUGUAUUUUCUUAAACACUAAAUGUAACAUGCAGAGGAAUAAAAAUGUCUUAAACUGGA